AUGCUACAGGGUGAAAGGACCGACACCAGGCAACGCAGCCAGCUUCUGCCUAGUUUAGUAACUUCCAUAACCAUGCUUCUUUUCAUUCUACCAGCCCUUUUGGCUGUGUUCAUCCAACAAGCGUCGGCAGCCGCCAACGUCACCAACUAUGCAUAUGCUCUCGAUAUCGAUAAAGCGAUGACAGUAAGCACUUUCAAGUGUUUGCAGAAGUUGGGCUAUAGCGCUGUAUUCAUCAGGGCUUACGACGCGCGCGGCAAAGGAUCGUUUGAUACAAACGCUCCCAGAAACGUUUACAACGCCUACGACGUUGGGCUAGGAGCUGAGGUCUACAUGAGCCCACAGCCUAAAUCUACAAAGACAGGAGCUGUUCAGUGCAAGGAGAUGCUUGAUGGCUUAAAAAGGAAUAGCGUCAAUAUUAAAACGAUCUGGGUACAGGUCACAUCACCUGCGAACUGGGGCACUGACAUAAAGAAGAACCUUGCUUUCCUCAACGACAUCGCCAGAACUGCAUUAUCCUCCGGUAUCAAAGUCGGAUAUUACACCAAUGUGCACGAAUGGAAUCAGAUUACAAAGAACACAAAAAUAACGACUCCCAACACUCCGCUCUGGUAUUGGAACACCAACGGAGCUGGACCAAGUGGCGAAACACCGGCUGACUUCAAGGACUUCCGUCCAUUCGGAGGAUUCGAGAAGGCAACGGUGAAGCAGUUCGGACAGUCGGUGAGCAUCUGUGGAGUCCUUGGAGUGAAUAGGGACGUCUUCGACGCAGCUGAAAAGCAAAUCUUCAUGAUCGCCAAACAGAAGGGUACGUAUGUUGUCUGAGUGACCUUGCCGUCGAACAGGAAACGAUAUUGAACCUCAAUAAAUCUGAGAAUGUUGCGC